AUGGUUGAGGCUGCGAUGAAGAAUAAACUGGCUGCUUUCCCAAGGUUGACUUACAAGAAUAGUGAAUUGUUAUACGAGCUUUCAGACCUCCUCUCAGAAGUUGAAUCCAUCAAGGGUCAGGAUGAAUACAAGGCACUUCUAUCUUAUUUUGAUUCCUCAGCUGGGGUGAUACCAAUUGUCAACAAACUGCCUUACGGCCUCCAGGAGAGAUGGACAUCUCAUGCCACCAGAUACAAAAGAACUAACAAAGUGCCGUUCCCCCCAUUUUCAAUUUUUGUGGAUUUCGUAAGAGACAUAAGCAAGGAGAAAAAUGAUCCAAGUUUUGCACAUGAAACUUACACAGCUUCCCCUAGGAAAGACAGAUCUAAACUGCCUUUCUCACGACCACCUCAGGUCGUAGCAAAUCGGAAGACAGAGGUCACCCAGGAGACUAGAGCAAACCAGGACUGGUCGAACCUGUGCCCUGUUCACAAGACUGAUCACUCUUUGAAUCAAUGUAAGGCAUUCAAGCUCAAGACUUUAGAAGACAGCAAGGCACUAAUCAAGCGCUUUGGUAUUUGUUACAGGUGCUGCCUGACAUCGACCCACCUAGCCAAAGCCUGCAGGGAAUUUGUUAAAUGUGCAGUUUGUGGAAGCAGUAGACAUGCUACAGCACUGCAUGUUGUUGAUUGGGAACAAGAGAACUCAGAAACAGGAACACCUUCUCCCCGAGUGAAUGAUGGCGGGGAGAGGAAAGAUUCACCUUCAGACACAAGCAAAUUUCCUAUUGCUUCAAAGUACACUCAGAUAUGUGGAGAUGGAUUUGCUGGAAAGUCCUGUUCAAAAACUGUUCUAGUGAAAGUUUAUCCAGAGGGAAAACCUGAUAUGGCUACAAGAAUGUACGCUAUAUUUGAUGAUCAGAGCAAUGCAUCUUUAGUGAAGUCUGAAUUCUUUACAAUCAUGGAGGCAGAUGGUGAAGUAAUCCCAUACACACUAUCAUCUUGUGCUGGACGCAAAGAUACUUCUGGCCGGAGGGCCAAAGGCUACAUCGUAGAGUCAUUGGUUGGACAUUCCAGGUUACAGCUUCCCACACUGAUAGAAUGUAAUCAGAUUCCGGAUCACCGAGAAGAGAUACCUGUACCUGAGGUUGCAAUGCACUAUAAUCACCUGAAGGACAUUGCUAACUGCAUACCCCCUCUGGACAAUGAUGCACAAAUUCUCCUUCUGAUUAUGAAGGAAGGCUGGUCAUCGGGAAAUGAGAAAAACAAGGUUAUCUUCACAGCACGUGAAAGAAAUGGACAAAAUGAGGACAAGCUAUUUGUAACCACUCAAGAGGAUGACACAUUAGGAUUAUCAGUGGAGGACAGAGAGUUCCUUGAAAUCAUGGAUAAUGAAAUGGUCAAAACAUCAGAAGGUAACUGGAUUUCCCCACUUCCUUUCCAAAAUGGCAGAAGACGGCUCCCAAACAAUAGGAGCCAAGCUUUGAACAGGGCCAAGACUCUAGAUCGCUGCCUGAAACGAGAGACCAUCAAAAGACAACAAUUCCUGGAAUUCAUGCAGAGAAUUCUUGACAAUUAUCAUGCAGAGUUGGCUCCACCAUUGACCGAAGAUGAGGAACGUUGGUAUUUACCUUUGUUUGGGGUUUACCACCCAAAGAAGCCGGACCAGUUAAGAGCAGUGUUCAACUCUUCAGCAAAUCAUGAGGGGACAUCACUUAAUGAUGUGCCGCUGAAAGGACCAGACUUAGCAAACAGUCUUGUAGGUGUGCUUCUACGCUUUCGAAGAGAGUCGACAGCUGUAAUGGCAGAUAUUCAGCAAAUGUUCUAUUUUUUUCUCGUAAAAGAGGAACACAGGAAUUUCCUACGAUUUCUAUGGUAUAAGGAUAAUGACAUAAACCAAGAGUUGGUGGAAUACAGGAUGAAAGUUCAUGUCUUUGGAAACAGCCCUUCACCAGCUGUCGCCACUUACGGACCGAGGAGAUCUGCCAAGUCUGUUGUAGAAACAUACGGAAAGGAUGUGCAGCUCUUCGUCGAAAGAGACUUCUAUGUUGAUGAUGGGCUAACAUGUCUACUAACUACCGAGCAAGCAAUUGACCUAAUAAAGAGAACACAGCAAGCAUUGCUGUCAGGAGGAAAUCUGAGACUACACAAGGUAGCAUCAAAUGAUCCAGAGGUUAUGAAAACAUUCCCAUCAGACGACUUGGCUAAAGACCUAAAAGACCUGGACCUAGGGUCAGACUUGCUUCCUGUGCAGCGUAGCCUAGGAAUGAUGUGGGACUUGCAAUCUGACUCCUUCACUUUCAAAGUGUCUGCAGACCCAAAACCUUACACCAAGCGAGGAAUUCUAUCAACAAUCAACAGUCUGUUCGGCCCUAUGGGAUUUGCUGUUCCUGGUGUCAUAACAAAAGAGAUACAUGUCUUCUCAGACGCAUCAGAGAAGGCCGUAGCUGCUGUGGCUUACUUGAGAACUGUUGAUAAAGAUAAAGGCCAAAGGACAGGCUUCAUUCUUGGCAAGGCAAAGGUUGCUUCUACGCAUGGGCACACCAUACCAAGAUCCAUCCAUGCUUCGCAGUUGAAUUCAUCAAGUUGGCUCUCAGGUCCAACGCCAAUUUCCCAAGAUUCCUGUGCUCAUACCUUCAUCCUUACUGAUGAGGAAAACGACAAGGAACUGAGACCUGCACCUUCGUCCAUGAAGACAAGGGACCAGAGAAAUGUGCUACUGGGUGAUCUUGUUCUACUGAAUGAGAAGAACAGUACCAGAAAUGAUUGGCCAAUGGCAGUUGUCGAGAGAUCCUUCCCAAGCAGUGAUGGGAAGUACGAAAGGUUGAACUUCGAAUAA